GCCGGCGGCGGGAGGCGGCGCCGCCGCAGCGCUGAGGGAGCUCGGCCCCGCCGCCUGACCGCGCUCCGCCGCCGCGCUCCCCGGCCCCGCAGCGGCCCCCGCAGCGGCUCUCCAUGUACGACAACUUGUACCUGCAUGGGUUUGAAGACUCGGAGGCGGGCUCAGCAGAUUCGUACACGAGCAGACCCUCAGACUCUGAUGUCUCUUUGGAGGAGGACAGGGAAGCAAUCCGCCAGGAGAGGGAGCAGCAAGCAGCCAUCCAGCUGGAGAGGGCCAAGUCCAAACCUGUAGCAUUUGCUGUCAAGACCAACGUGAGUUACUGUGGGGCUCUGGAUGAAGAUGUUCCUGUCCCAAGCACUGCCAUCUCCUUUGAUGCCAAGGACUUCCUCCACAUUAAAGAGAAAUACAACAACGACUGGUGGAUAGGGAGGCUGGUGAAGGAGGGCUGCGAGAUCGGCUUCAUCCCCAGCCCGCUGCGCCUGGAGAACAUCCGCAUCCAGCAGGAGCAGAAGAGGGGCCGCUUCCACGGAGGGAAAUCCAGUGGGAAUUCCUCUUCAAGCCUUGGAGAGAUGGUUUCUGGCACAUUCCGAGCUACACCUACAGCCACAGCAAAACAGAAACAAAAAGUGACAGAACAUAUUCCCCCCUAUGAUGUUGUGCCAUCAAUGAGACCUGUGGUGUUGGUGGGCCCAUCACUCAAAGGCUAUGAGGUGACAGACAUGAUGCAGAAAGCUCUCUUUGACUUCCUGAAGCACAGGUUUGAUGGGAGGAUAUCCAUCACCAGAGUGACAGCUGACAUCUCCCUGGCCAAGAGGUCUGUGCUCAACAACCCCAGCAAGAGGGCGAUCAUCGAGCGCUCCAACACCAGGUCCAGCCUGGCUGAAGUGCAGAGUGAGAUUGAAAGAAUCUUUGAGCUGGCCAGGUCCUUACAGCUGGUUGUCCUGGAUGCAGACACUAUAAAUCACCCUGCACAGCUUAUCAAGACAUCCCUAGCACCAAUUAUUGUCCAUGUGAAGGUGUCCUCUCCAAAGGUUUUGCAGCGACUGAUCAAGUCCCGAGGGAAGUCACAAAGCAAACACUUGAAUGUCCAGUUGGUGGCAGCUGAUAAACUUGCACAAUGCCCACCAGACAUGUUUGACGUGAUCCUGGACGAGAACCAGCUGGAGGACGCCUGUGAGCACCUGGCCGAGUACCUGGAGGCGUACUGGAGAGCCACGCACACGCCCAGCGCCGCGCCCAUGACCCCCCUGCUGGGCAGGAACCUGGCGCCCUCCGCCCUGUCCCCGUACCCCGCCGCCAUCUCGGGCCUGCAGAGCCAGCGCGGCAGGCACGGCGCCCACUCUGCGGACAGCUCGCCCCUGGAGCGGCGCGGCGACGAGAACUACCCCGGAGAGAGGGCUCGCAAGAGCAGGAACCGCUUGUCUUCCAGCUCCCAGCACAGCCGAGAGCACUAUCCCCUGGUGGAAGAGGAGUUCCCGCAGCCCUACCCGGACUCGUACAAACCGCACCGCGCCCGCGGCUCCCCCGGCGCCUACAGCCACGACUCGCGGCACCGCCUCUGACAGCUCCCCGCCAGCACCCAGCUAGGAAUAAUUCAUAAUUAAUAGUUAAUAGUUAAUAAUCCAUGUUCAUUCGGCAGGAGUGACGGUGACACCGCACCCUGCUUCAUUGAUGUUUAAUUAGGGGGCAGCAAAACCCAGCCCGGCCCUUCCGUUUCUGCCCAAGCUGUUUUUGGGAUUAUUUUGGGGUUUAAUACAACAUUUCGUUCUGCCCAAGCUGUUUUUGGGAUUAUUUUGGGGUUUAAUACAACGUUUCGUUUCUGCCAAAUCUGUUUUUGGGAUUAUUUUGGGGUUUAAUACAACAUUUCGUUCUGCCCAAGCUGUUUUUGGGAUUAUUUUGGGGUUUAAUACAACGUUUCGUUUCUGCCAAAUCUGUUUUUGGGAUUAUUUUGGGGUUUAAUACAACAUUUCGUUCUGCCCAAGCUGUUUUUGGGAUUAUUUUGGGGUUUAAUACAACGUUUCGUUUCUGCCCAAUCUGUUUUUGGGAUUAUUUUGGGGUUCAAUACAAUAUUUAAUUCUGCCCAAUCUGGUUUUGGGAUUAUUUUAGGGUUUAAUACAGCAUUUGCAUUUGUAGCCAUAUUUAUUUUUUUUCCUUGUCUUUAGGUAUUAGAACACAUCCGUUUGUAAUUUUUGGGUACUUAUCGAGGCACUUAUAAAAUAAUUUCCUGUGCUGGAAAUUCCAAAUGACCAGUUCCAGUUGGAACCAAUUUAUAAACCAAUUCCUGUUGGAAUUUGGGUGAAUUGACUGGAAAGUCGACGUGAGCGUGUUGGGGAAAAAAAAAAACAAAUACAAAGAAAAAUCUGAAAAUUACAAACCACUGAAAGUCAGCUCCAGUAUUUGUUUGCUGGGAGCUCAAUUUCCACUUCAGGUUAGAAUAAAAGGAUUUAUUCUAAUGAUUUCUUUCCAGAAUGGCUUUUUCAGACAAACCAAAUGUAAACUCUCAAGAGUGCCAAAUAUCCCAAAUUAUUGCAGCACUUACAAAACACUUCCCAGUUUGAAAUUAUUUUUAGACCUGGCAUGAACGUUGCAGCCAAAUGAUUCUUGAGUUCAGCCAGUCCUGACAGUUUUGUUUGGGACCAGCAGGGAGGAACUGUGACAGGAGACAGGAAACAGGGACAGGAAAAGGAACAAACUCCAUCCUUUGUGUGCUUGGAGGUUGGGAAUAGCUGUUGCUUUUUUUCCCACUCUUUUACCUGAGUACAGCUAGAACUCCCAAAAUGGAGCAGGAGUAUAGAGACAUCAGGUUUUUCUCCCAUUUUUGAAAAGGAAGACAAUACCCUCCUCUGACCCAGUACUCCCAGUAGCUGCCCACUGUUCCACCUCCCCAGAGCCACUCUGAAUGUCUGACAGUUCCAGUGGUGCACAAGAACUCUCCAGAAGAUCCAUCCCAGCCAUGAAACCCGAGGGGAAGGGAGUGGGCUUCAACACUGAUGAACAUUUCAACAACAUCUUGCUCAGAACUGCAAUAACAAGGGAAGACCAGACAAAAAUCUGCUCCCAGGGAAGAGCUGAUUCCAAGCUUUGGAUUCCAAGAGCUAUGACAAAUCCUUGGAGAUAUUGCUGCCUUACUUCCUGCCAAUCAUUGCUUUCACCUACUGAGUCUUGAGUUCCUUCCAAGAGAUGAAUUUCUGUGGUUGGACCUUGUGUUUUAACACCAUCAGUGAAGCCUUAGAUCCCAUGGGAUUGAAAAUUGACCCCUUUGCCCAUUUUGUACAACCUCUGACACCUUCCAGCAGAGCCUCCUGAAAUUCCUCACCCUGGAAUUGACACAGUUAUGCUGAACAUGCAUUUCUUCAUGCAGGUUCAUGUCACAACUUUUUUUUUUUUUUUCCCCAAAAUAAGGAUCAUUAAUUUUUUUAUUUCCUUGUUUUCCUCCCAAAGCCUGCUGAACCCAGGCUUUGAAAGCAUGUAGCACUAAAGGAAUUUCUGGAAUAUUCUGGUUUCUUCUGCUUCCUAGACCAGUUUGGCAAAGACCACUGGUGUUUCCAGCAUCCUGAGUUUAAUUCUCCUCUUGAAGAUACUGGGAAAAGCAAUCCAUGUCUUUGUGGGACACUCAAACCCACACCCAUCUCCAGCAGCAUUAAAAGGUGGCAGACACCUGAUUAAUUAAUCAUUUUAAUGACCCCACUGCCUAACAGGCAGCUCCAGCACUGCUGGGUCAUCCCAGUGGAGCAGUUACCAAGGAAAAUAUGGAAAUUUGUGUAUCCAUGGAUUCCCAGAGUUCCUGGGACCUGCAGCUCCUCCAGGAUUCUGUGCUGCAGCACAGUGGAGCAUCCUCCAGGAAGUUCUCCAGCCCUUUGUCCAUGUGCAGCACAGUGGAACAUCCUCCAGGAAAUUCUCCAGCCCUAUUUCCAUGUGCAGCACAGUGGAACAUCCUCCAGGAAGUUCUCCAGCCCUAUUUCCAUGUGCAGCACAGUGGAACAUCCUCCAGGAAAUUCUCCAGCCCUAUUUCCAUGUGCAGCACAGUGGAACAUCCUCCAGGAAGUUCUCCAGCCCUAUUUCCAUGUGCAGCACAGUGGAACAUCCUCCAGGAAGUUCUCCAGCCCUUUGUCCAUGUGCAGCACAGUGGAACAUCCUCCAGGAAGUUCUCCAGCCCUAUUUCCAUGUGCAGCACAGUGGAACAUCCUCCAGGAAGUUCUCCAGCCCUAUUUCCAUGUGCAGCACAGUGGAACAUCCUCCAGGAAGUUCUCCAGCCCUAUUUCCAUGUGCAGCACAGUGGAACAUCCUCCAGGAAGUUCUCCAGCCCUUUGUCCAUGUGCAGCACAGUGGAGCAUCCUCCAGGAAGUUCUCAGCCCUUUGUCCAUGUGCAGCACAGUGGAACAUCCUCCAGGAAGUUCUCCAGCCCUAUUUCCAUGUGCAGCACAGUGGAACAUCCUCCAGGAAGUUCUCCAGCCCUAUUUCCAUGUGCAGCACUCACCUGCAUGAGCAAGGAGGUGACCCCCUCUCUGAGCUUUCCUUGUGGAGCAUUGAAGUGCUGAUUGCAGGGAGCUGUAGAAGCCUGGGCAGCAGCUGCUUCUCUCUCUUCUGCAUUGAUUAGGGAGCAGUUCAUUCACUGCUUGAGGACAUUUGCAGAUUUUCUGGAGCCUUGUUUUAAGUCUUCCAUGUCACCCCAGGCCAGGGAAGGAUCCCCAGCCACCACACAAAGUCUGCACAAUCCAUCACCUGAACAUCUCAAGUGCCAAAACCACUUGGGUUUGCCAAAAACAAACUUGUGAGGGAAUUCAGGGAUGGCCUGAGGUCCUUCAUUCCAUGGGGUUAAGCUGCCUUUCCAUUGUAAUAAAAGGAGCCAGGGGCCCUGCAGGUCUCCCUCCUUGCUGGGAUGUUCAAUUCUUUUUGAAAAGAGAAUUCUUUAACUACAAAUACACCACCAUGCUGGGAGACUCUUCAUUUAUUGCAGAUACUGUGGGCAGUGUUUGUUUGAGAAAGGCAUUUCUGCUGAGGACACAGUGAGCAGUGAGAGCUGUGCUGGGGAUCAGAGUGGGAAUUCCUGGUGGGAUUCCAGCACUGCUGAGCAGCUCUGCUGAGGUUUAGUUGAAAUUGUGGAGUUCUGAAAUAAUCCAGCCUCAUUCUCCAGCCCUCACAUCAUUUCUUGUUACUAAAAUAAUACUAAAGACCAGAGCUCUGCUCUGAGCUCUGGCAGAGACAGAGGGUUUAGAAAUGUUUAUAAAACAGGGAUUUUCUUAAGUUUUAUUCUUAUCUGAGUUUCUCAUUUGGAUCCUUUGGAUUAACAAGGAUUUAACCAAUCAAGGUGAUAACAACAAUCUCUAAAGAGAGUAUUCAGCACAUCCUGAUGUCUGGGAAUCAAUUAUUUUAAUUGCUAACCUUUGAAUUUCAAACACGUUCUCCCUGGAGUUGUAUUUAACAUGUACAGAUUCUUUUCCUGAUGCCAAACCUUUCUCCCAAGGGAUGUGCAACUCACAGCUGCUGAUAUUUGUAACUCCAGUUUGAUGCCAAAUCUUCUGAAUUCAGUUUGGUCUCAACACCACAGAAUUCCCUGGAGCAUCCAAACUCUGCUGUCUUUACUGACUUUACCAUUCUAAAAUAAUAUUGUUCUUCCUGUUGUUCACAGCACACUGAUUUGGGUAAGUCAGGGGUUCUGACACUCCUUUUUCUUCAAUAAUCCAUUAAAUAUGUCCUCUGCUCUAUUUUCUUUCACAAGUACUUCUAAAACUGGUCUUUGAUCCCACAUUCCUGAUUUUUUUAAGGCAAAAUAAUUGGAGAUGACUACUGAUACAAUCAGAUUCUUAUUUUAUAAAAUGCCAUUUAUACAAACCUGGGUUUGCUCCUAAAAAUGUGCAUUUUAAAAUCAAGUUCUGCUACCCCUGCUGGUGGCAGUCCAAGUUUGGAUCCAUGGGAUUCUGCUGCCUUGUGUUUUGUUGGAGUUGCCUCUCAUUCCCUCAAAUAUUAGUCCUGCAAAGGCUGUAGGACCCUGUAAUGCAGCCAAGCUUAACUCUGGGGAAAUGGAGUUUAAAUGAUGCUAAAAGAGAGUGUGGUGUCAUUUUAAGAGGCAUUUGAAUAACCUUGGUGAGGUUGUUACCAAGCCCAGUUUAUUUUAGAUAAAAAAAAAAGGUGUAUCUUUAAAAAAAACGGAAAUUUUAAUAAAGUUGUAAAAUAUAUGUAAGGAAUUAAUUCAGAGAAAGAGGUGAAAAUGCUGUUUAGGAGUGAGAUUUCCAAUUUCUUUCAUUGUGUGUGGAAUCCUUCAAGAAAUCAGGAGGAAUAUUGUGAUUAAAUCCACCCAGAGAAUGUGGGGAGGAGGUGGAAAUCAUUCCAAGUGUUACCAGUGUCACUCCUUUAUUCCUCUGAAGCUGGGAGCAGCCUUGGCUUGGUCUCAGGAUGAUUGAUGGACCUGCCUGGGGAAUUUGGGAAACCAAAUCCCUUGGCAGUGACAGCAACUCCUGUCCUGUCCAAGGUCUGCCCAGGAAUGGCACCUGCUGAUCAUCCCCUGCCUUAUCAGUACUGCCUGAAAAGCAAAUUACUGGGACAUCCCUGUGUUCAGUCUGCUCUGCAGCAGGGAAUCCACUGAGCUCAAAACUCCCCUGCCAACGCUGUGAAAACAGAGCAAGGCAAAAGAAGCACAUUUGUAAUAGCACAAAUUUACAAUAAUUCCACUCCUGCAUCUGGCAUCGUGUUUUUGGAACCCAGGGGGAGAUUUCUGAUCCAGCAUCAGUGGAUUUAUUGCAUUUUUGAUCUGUUUACUCGCUGCCUGAUACUUAAGCAGUUGAUUUUGGCAUUUUGCACAUGGGAUUGAUUUUUCAAUAACUUGUAUCCCUUCCAUCUUAAUUAAUUAAUGACAACAAGAAGAACCUUUUUCAAAUCACAAAGCCCACUGCAUUCAUUUCUGCUGAUUUCCUCCUGGAAGCUGAAAUCACAUUAAUAACUUUAAUUUUGGCCAAUGUGUAGAUCUGGGAUGUGACUGGUGAAUCCAGCAGCAGCCCAAGGUUGGGAAUGGAACUCUCCCAGGAAAUGUUUGUGGGGAUACAGAGCUUGGAUGGGGGAGGGAAGAGUCACAGCACCCGAAAUUCCCAAAAAUGCAAACCUGAAGAGAGGUGAGGUUAAGGAAUGUGUAUUUGGGAUUGGGAGACUGCUGACUGAUUCCCUCCUGGUGCAGACAGGGAGCAAAAUGCAGAUUUUGUGUAACCAGAGUGGGGAGAAGGUUGGGAUCAGCCAUCCCAACUGCAAACUCCAGACCUUGGGCUUCUCACAUCCCAGGAAAUCUCUGUUUCUCAGCCCAGACUGGUUCCCAGGGAGAGCCUGGCAGUGCAGCCUCACUGGGAGCCAGUUCAGAGCCACACUGAAGACAUUACUGCCUUUACUGGGACAGAGCCACCCCAAAUUUGUGUUUUCUGCUGAUUUUCCCUUUGUUUUGCCCUCUAGACCCUGUGUGUGUAGCACCUGACCAGGCAUGUGGGUACCAUAUACUAUGCAAUGUGUACAGUGGUGCAUGCUCUGCUCUCCCUCUGCUUUUAGUGGCUUUCGAAGAAAACUACAAAAAUUGGAAAAAAGAAAAAAAAAAAAAAGGAAAAAAAAAGAAACAAAAAAAAAAAGUGGUGUUAUUUUGUGACCAGGAUCAUGCAGACUGCAUGCCCAUAGUAUCCUCAUUUCUAUGGAUUCGUUUUCUGGAAUUUAGAUGUACAAAGAUGAACUGCAUUACAAUAACUUUUCUACAAUAAAUGAACAAAACUACCAA